AUGUAUAAAAGACUAAGGGCUCUAAGACAAGCUAGUAACUCACUUAAAGCAAACAUUGGGUUACAUACGAAUGUAGCAACACAAUUUGCACGCGUAAAUCCGACAGUCUCACAAAUUUCAAAAUAUUCAACUGCAAAAUCCGUUCCAUACACAGCAGACACAUAUGCAUCAAAGGUAUCAAGAGAUCCGAAAUACAAACAAAUCGAAAACAAAGACUUAGAGUAUUUCAGUUCAGUAAUACCUGAACAAAGUAUAAUUUUUAAUAACGAGAAUGAUUUAUUAUUUUAUAAUGAAGAUUGGAUGAGAAAAUAUAAAGGACAAUCAAAAUUAGUAUUGAAACCAAAAACCACAGAGCAAGUUUCACAAAUUUUAAAAUAUUGUAACGAUAAUAACUUAGCUGUUGUUCCACAAGGUGGUAAUACAGGUUUGGUUGGAGGAUCUAUCCCAAUUUUUGAUGAAAUUAUUAUAUCAUUAAGUUCAAUGAAUUCAAUAAGAUCUUUUGAUCCUGUUAGUGGGAUAUUGAAAUGUGACGCAGGUGUCAUAUUGGAAAAUGCUGAUCAAUAUUUAAGAGAUGAAGGAUACAUUUUUCCAUUGGAUUUAGGAGCUAAAGGUUCUUGUCAAAUUGGUGGAAAUGUUGCCUGUAAUGCUGGAGGAUUAAGAUUAUUGAGAUAUGGAUCAUUACAUGGAAGUGUAUUGGGAUUAGAGGUAGUUUUACCUGAUGGACAAAUAUAUAAUUCAAUGCAUUCGUUGAGAAAAGAUAACACUGGAUAUGAUUUAAAACAAUUAUUUAUUGGAUCUGAAGGUACUUUGGGAAUAAUUACAGGUGUUUCUAUAUUAUGUCCGUCUAGACCACAAGCUUCGAACGUUGCAUUUUUAGCUGUAAAAGAUUAUGAAACUGUACAGAAAGUAUUUGUUGAAUCAAGAAAAGAGUUAAGUGAAAUAUUAUCAGCGUUCGAAUUCAUGGAUUUAAAAUCUCAACAAUUAACUGCAAAACAUUUGGGAUUGGAACAUCCUAUUGAGAGUGGAGAAUAUCCAUUUUAUAUUUUGAUUGAAACUUCUGGAUCAAAUAAAGAUCAUGAUGAUGAAAAACUAGAAACUUUCUUAGGUAAUGCUAUGGAGAAUGGGUUAGUUGAAGAUGGUAUAAUAGCACAAGACGAGUCACAGAUUCAAAGUUUGUGGUCAUGGAGAGAAAGUAUACCUGAAGCAAGUACAAUGAACGGUGGUGUAUAUAAGUAUGAUGUAUCAAUACCAUUAAAAGAUCUUUAUGGACUAGUUGAAGAUGUAAAUACUAAAUUAGCUGAGGCUAAUAUAGUUGAUUUUGAAGAUGGAUCAAAACCAGUAGUAUCAGCGAUAGGUUAUGGACACAUUGGUGAUGGUAAUUUACAUUUAAAUGUUUGUGUAAGAGAAUACUCACCUGAGAUUGAAAAAGUUUUAGAACCAUUUGUUUAUGAAUGGAUUUCAUCAAAGAAUGGUUCAAUAUCUGCUGAACAUGGAUUGGGAUUCCAAAAGAAAAACUAUAUUGGGUACUCGAAAAACGAUCAAGAAAUUCAAAUGAUGAAACAAAUAAAAAACCAUUAUGAUCCAAACGGUAUAAUGAAUCCUUAUAAAUAUAUUUAA